AUGAAUGAUGCUCUAACAAGAAUUCCAUCAAAUGAUGAGAUCCGUAAAUCUGUGUUCGACAUAAACCCUGACAAAGCCCCUGGCCCCGACGGAAUGACAAGCCUCUUCUUCCAAAAGUAUUGGGGUAUCACGGCAGAAGUGGUAAGCCAAACGGUCAAAGAUUUCUUUCAGUACAGCGUUCUAGAUCCCCGCUUGAACCAGACGAAUAUUUGCCUCAUUCCAAAGACUGAGCGCCCUAGCGAGAUGUCCGAAUUCUGUCCAAUCAGUCUAUGCAAUGUAAGCUACAAGAUCAUCUCCAAAAUCAUGAGUAAACGUCUAAAGCGAUGUCUGCCCAGCUUAAUCUCGGAGACCCAAUCAUCCUUUGUGGCUAGACGACUAAUUACAGACAACAUACUGGUAGCACACGAGGUGUUUCAUGCCCUGAGAAUGAACCCAAGUUGCAAAGCUAAAUUCGUAGCAAUCAAAACGGAUAUGAGCAAAGCCUUCGACAGAGUUGAAUGGUCUUUUCUCGAAGCCCUUCUACUCAAAUUGGGCUUCUCGGCCAUAUGGGUAUCUUGGGUAAAACUCUGCAUCACCUCGGUAUCUUAUCAAGUACUCCUAAAUGGAGAACCAAAGGGUAGUAUUUCUCCUUCGAGAGGCAUCAGGCAAGGCGAUCCAAUCUCCCCCUUUCUCUUCAUCAUCCUCACGGAAGCUCUCAUCUCACAAAUUCAAGGAGCUGAGAGGGAGGGCAGGAUCACAGGUCUGAAGAUUGCAAGAGGUAGCCCACCAAUCUCGCACCUCUUGUUCGCAGAUGAUAGCCUUUUCUUCUGCAGAGCCGAAGUCUCGCAAUGUACGGAGCUUAUGACGAUCAUCCAUACAUACGGUUGCUCCUCAGGACAGAAACUAAAUGUAGAUAAAUCCUCCAUUCUGUUCGGUAACAAGGUCCCACCUGACUUAAAAACAGAGAUCAAGCAGGCCAUGGGUAUUACAAAGGAAGGCGGCAUGGGAGUCUACCUCGGCCUACCUGAGAAGAUCUGUGGAAGCAAAAAACAGGCCUUUGCUUUCAUCCAAGAACGCUUACAGAAUCGUAUCAAUUCCUGGUCUGCCAAAUUGCUCUCCAAAGGUGGAAAAGAAGUCUUGAUAAAGUCAGUCGCACAAGCUCUCCCGACCUACGUUAUGUCAUGCUUCCUGCUACCACAAGAAAUAAUUCGAAAGCUCAGCAGCGCGAUAUCUCGCUUCUGGUGGAGCACAAAAAAUAAUAAUCGCGGACUUCAUUGGAUUACCUUGAAGAAAAUUUGCACACCACAAGAUAAGGGAGGCUUAGGUUUCCGGGAUUUCAAAAAUUUUAAUCUCGCAUUACUUGCGAAGCAGCUCUGGAGACUCAUACACUACCCAAACUCUCUCCUAGCGCGCGACCUCAAAGGAAGAUAUUAUCGCCUCUCAAACCCGAUAGAGGUCAACAAGGCGAGCAACCCCUCCUAUGUCUGGAAAAGUCUCAUGGCUGCUCAACCUCUCCUGAAAUCUGGACUGCGUAAAUCGAUUGGAGCUGGGCAAAAUACUUUAGUCUGGUCAGAUCCAUGGAUCCCGACGAUACCGGCACGACCAGCAAUCCCGUGUGGCCCAUCUUUCAACCCCUCCCUGCGGGUAAGCGACCUUAUUGAUCCUAGCACAAACAAGUGGAAACACGAUCUCUUAAGAGAACUGGUAGUUCCAGAAGACAUUCCAUACAUUCAAAGUCUCAAACCGACGCUUUCUCCCCGGGCCAUAAACUACUGUUGGAACCUCACCAAAUCUGGGAUGUACUCUGUAAAAACUGGAUAUGCUUUGGCCAUGGAAUCAAUGGAGUACACGGAAGCGGCACAAGCUCUCGAACCCAGCAUAACAGCCUUACAAGCGAAAGUAUGGACACUCAAGACUACCAAAAAGAUUAAGCACUUCAUCUGGCAAGCGAUCUCUAACUGUGUACCAGUAUGUAGCGCGCUUUCCGAUCGCCACUAUGGCACAUAUCGAACAUGUCCAAGAUGCGGUGCAGAGGAAGAGACUCGCAACCAUUUGCUCUUUGAGUGUCCGCCCUCCGUCCAAGCCUGGGCCUUUGCGGACAUACCGCAUCCUCCGGGGCUAUUCCCAAGCGACUCAAUAUAUAGUAACCUGAACUAUGUCCUAUGGCGCGCAAAGGAAUAUGCGAUCCUGGAUACUAUCAGUACGACUGUCCCAUGGAUAAUAUGGUACAUAUGGAAAGCUCGCAACGACAAGGCUUUCAACGGCAAGGACAUCUCCCCGCUAGAGACCAUCCAAAUUGCCCGAGCAGAAGCCGAAAGUUGGCGCACAGCUCAGAUCAUCCAACAACCCCAAGAAGGCGCAGACGAGUUCCAAACUCUACUGUGGGCCAUGAAAUCCUCCAUUCAGUUGGACCAUAGUUCCAUGACCUUCAAGACAGACUGCCUUCAACUAGUCAAUCUCCUUGAAGAAGACGACGAAGACAAAUGGCCAUCCUUGUUGGCUGAAUUUGAUGAGUUCCAUCUUAUUCGUUUUAUGUUUACUUUUUGCUCCAUAUCUUUUACUCCUCGCUCUCUGAACUUCCGAGCCGAUCGCCUUGCAAAAGGAGCUCGCUCUCGAGGUCUCUCUUUUUCCCAUGUAAACACUCAGCUCCCAAGCUGGUUGGCUCAUGGGGCCAACCUCUUGAUACUCACUUAA